AGGGGCCAUGGCAGCGCCCGCGGACCCAAGGCGGCUGUUCCGGCUGGUGCAGGAAGGCCGGCUGUGUGCCCUGCGGGAGGAGCUGCGGACGGCGGGGCGCGCCGGCUGCGCGGGGUCGGCCAGGGACACCCUCCUGCAUUGCGCCGCGCGCCACGGCCGCCGGGAAAUCCUGGCCUAUCUGGUCGAGGCCUGGGACCUGGACAUCGAGGCCGCCAACCGAGACUACAAGCGGCCUCUGCACGAGGCUGCCUCCAUGGGCCACCGGGACUGCGUGCGGUAUCUGCUGGGCCGAGGGGCCGCGGUCGACUGCCUGAAGAAGGCCGACUGGACCCCUCUGAUGAUGGCUUGCACAAGGAGGAAUCUUGAGGUGGUCCAGGACCUCGUGGAGCACGGCGCCAAUCCACUCCUGAAGAACAAAGAUGGCUGGAACAGUUUCCACAUUGCCAGCCGUGAAGGCGACCCUCUGAUCCUCCAAUACCUGCUCGCUGUUUGCCCAGCUGCCUGGAAGACAGAGAGCAAGAUCGGGAGAACCCCGCUGCACACGGCAGCAAUGCAUGGCUGUUCAGAAGCAGUAGAGGUGCUUCUUCAGAGGUGCCAGUAUGAACCAGACUGCAGAGACAAGUGUGGCCUCACACCCUUCAUGGACGCUAUUCAGUGUGGACACAUCGACGUAGCCAGGCUGCUCCUCGAAAAACACAAGGCUUGCGUUUCUGCUGAGGACUCCCUGGGGGCCCAGGCCAUCCACCGGGCAGCAGUCACUGGGCAGAAUGAGGCCGUCCACUUCCUGGUCUCUGAGCUUGGCAUCAGCGUAGAUGUGAGAGCGGCCUCCACCCACCUCACAGCACUUCACUACGCAGCUAAGGAAGGACACGUAAGCACAAUCCAGACACUCUUAUCCUUGGGUGCCGACAUCAACGCCAAGGACGAAAGAAAUCGAUCAGGGCUGCAGAGGAAGGUCACUAAGUCCCAGGACACAAACUUUCUCCUAACGACAGGGGAGCAGGACCCAGGAUCAUGGCUCACAGCACAUCAGAAACCCUCAGCGCCAAUUUCCAACCAGAAUGGGAAGAUGUGUCAGCAGUUUUUCUUUCUGUUACAUCAUUCUUACUCAUGGUGAUAUUUUUACUUACACAGAGAAUUCACAAAACUUUGAAAAUGUCUUCUGUACUAUUUAAAGUCUCCUAUUUCUCAUUAACUUACUUUGUUUUGGACAAGUCUCUCAAAUUCUCUCCAAUUGGUUUUGUUACUUUUAAAACCAUCUGUGACCAAGUCAGGUUAAAAGGAAAAAUGUUUUGAUCCAGAAUAGGCAAAGUCAUAGGGAAGAAUAUGGAACUAUGAAAUCUGUGCAAUUGAAAGUCAGUGCUUUUAUCAGGGGCAUCCUGCUCCCCAGUCAGUACUGCUGUAGGUGAUGCACUGAGCUGGGUGCCUCUGUCCCCACCCAGCCCUGCAUCUGGCCUGCUCUGGGCAGCACGCGGCCUGCGUCAAGUUCCUCCUGUGCUCUGGGCUUGGGGACUCUCUGGACAUGACGGGCGCCC